CAUCAUGGCAUCAGACCACAGCCUACCCACUUUGCAGAGAAUUCUUCUUUGGAUUAUCCUAGAGCUUGAGGGUGUAGAAGAGAUUGAGUGCAUGCCACAGUACAGGUGUACUGGUCUGCAUCACUAGUACUGGUCUCCUUGAUUCUAGUCCCAUCAUGUUAUCUUUUGGUAACCGUCUUCUCAAUCCUGCUACUGCUGUUGUGCAGGCUGCUUUACUGUUGUGUGCCCUCUGUGGACUCAGCUAUGUCUCUGCUCAACCUGUGCAAAGAACAGUAUUGGCAGGUUCAGGUUUCGGCCACUUCCCAUGCCAAUGUGGAUUGGUGCGGGAGAGAGCCUGCACAUCGGAUACGACUGCUCUCUACAAUGUCACGUACAAUCUGGACUGGAAUACACCCAGACCCAAUGGUGCAGAGCCUGGCUGGUUGAAGACGUUCCUGCUCUCUCACAGUGCUUGCUCUGUACUCUGGAGAACUGCGUACAGUGUGGCGAACGGCAUCAGAACGUGGCUGCGACUUGGUCAAGAGAAAAACCUGAAGGAGGACUUGAGUAAUCUCCAGUACGUUUCGCGCAGUGAGUUUGGACCGUUCAACACUGGCACGGCCGCUACCUCAAUAAUUAUCCAAGUUGACCGAAAUCACCCUGUGGUGUCCUCGAUUACCCCCAUGAAUCCAUCUCCGGACUGGUUUGUUGGUUUGGAUAGCGCUAAUCUCUGCCGUGGCGACUCCUGGGUAGAGUCCGCCACGUUCCUUCUCCAUCCCUGGGAUGCUGGAGUGAACAAUGCGCGAACAUUCACACGGAAAGGCAAUUACGGGUUCUCUCCGGUUGCACCGAUAUCUGAGGAUAGCACGUUGCUCACCUCGUCGCUGCUGGGUUUCAAUGGCACAUUCGGAUCUGUGACGUUCACACUGGUGCGUAUUGAGAACGGCACGAGGCAAGGUGCUGCACCGUGUCCACUGUGUCCAGGGGGAUGUGCUCAACGCCAUGAACAAUUCAGAUGCCCUGUGAACCAGAAAUGGAGCGCCACUGCACCACAGUGCUCAGUGACCUGUAACAGCACCCAUGACGAGUGUCCCACAGCGCCAGGUUGUGUGUGCAUGGCAGGGUUUGUGCGUAUCGAGGACUCGCCGAACGCACCGUGUGUGCGGGAAGAGUCUUGUAAAAGCAAUGCCAACCCGAGCCUUGGUGAGACGUGUGGUAUUACCAAUGAUCGUCGUCCUGAGUGCAAUGGCCGGCCACGCACAGAGAAUUGGUUUGAAGUGUGCGGAAGGUCGUACUCUAACCCGGCCGGACAAUGCUCUCUUCCCUGCGAUAUGGUACGGUGUCGGUGUAUGCCUGGUUACCGUCGCAAUUUCGAAGGAUCAUGCGAACUGGAUAGAAGGAGCAGAAGUUCCCCGUCCGAUAAUGAAACAGUUGCUACGUGCUCUGCGGAAAAGAAUGAAGCAGCUGGUUCAGCACUCAAUCCAUGUGAAUACGACUGUGUUGAGAUGGAGUUCGGAGAGGGCAAGUGUCCCCUGAGUCCCAUCACCCAGUGUCUUUGUCUGCCCUCCUACUUUCGUCACACUGAUGGGAAGUGCUACCCGGUGUCAGAAUGCAGACGACUGGUUCGCGAACAAACACAGCCUCCAGUCGUGACGGAGGCGCCAACGACACAGGAACAGCUCGUCCGGCCUGAACUCUGUACAGCUGAUCUUGGCUGUGCACAUUACAACGACUUUGGCAGCGGUAGUGGCGUGGAGAAAUGCUGUCCGACAUGUAACGUGACGCGAUCAACCUGCGCCAAUUUCCAGUGUCCACCCGUACAUGGUUGUUCUCGCUAUGCUACUGCAGCGCAACCUGGCUCAUGCUGUCUGGCUUGUACCAAGCUGAAGCGACGCUUUGGACGGGGUGUCUGCUCCGGUGUGAUAUGCCCACGUGGUCAGAUCUGCACCAAGCGAGGCGGUGUUGCCAUGUGUAUGUGCAAGGGUAACUGCGGCAAUGUGCAGCGACCAAUUACUGGACUGGACGGUCUCUCCUAUCCUAACUCAUGUUAUCUGCGCCGGCAGGGAUGCAUGACGUGCUCCAAGCUGAUCCCCUGAGCGAGGGAUGAGCACGCACGCACAGCGUAAACAGUUUGUCUCGUGCUGUAUGUGACCGUUUGCAUCUUGCCAAGAUGCAAACGGUCACAUACAGCACGAGACAAACUGUUUUCUUGGCAUCACCCAUGCGGAUUUUGUUGUGAAUGCACCCAAGAUAAUCAUCACCUUGAUGAAUACACUCGCCCUGCUGCUCGUAUACAAGCAUCUGUAAUUGUUGCAGCAGUAGAUACUAAAUACACGUGUGCUACAUGUGUAUGUGCUAUGCGUGUAUGUGACAUGGUGUGCAACUUGACGCUGUGCACUGACUCCCACCUUGUGCGGCGUAAUGCAUGUAACAUAAUCCUUUGCUAUGCAUCAUGGUGUUCUGUAGAAGAAUGGUAUUUGCCUAUACAUACAAACUAUAGGUAAGAAGUAAGAAGUAGUUGUUCAUGAUCCAAGUUGAACUGUAACACAAAAUGAAGUACUCCAUUAGAUACACAUAUCACGUUUACUAUUAUUGCUAAAAGAAGUAUUUUCGUGCAUGACCAACGUUUCUGUUUUCAUGAUAAUCAUCUGCUCUAUUGCCGGGAACUGCCUGUUCUCCUUUCAAACGUCUCUCUCUCUCUCUCUCUCUCUCUCUCUCUCUCUCUUUCUCUCUCUCGGUUUGUUGAAAACAGUGCCUUGCCUGACAGAUAACAGUACGAGUAUGUAUUACUGGCUGUGUGCUGAUAUGGCAUGUGCACACCAGCAUGCUCAA